AUGAGGAACCAGACAAGGAUUGUAACUGAAUUCAUCCUCUUAGGUUUCUCUGAUACUAAGGUGGAUGAACCAGUACUCUUCACUUUAUUCUUCAUCACCUACACUGUUGCUAUGGUAGGCAACUUUAUCAUUAUUACCUUGGUGUGCUGUGAGAACAGCCUUCAUAGCCCAAUGUACAUGUUCAUUGCCAACUUGUCUAUUUUGGAGGCUCUCUACACCACCACAGUUAUCCCCAAAAUGCUAGUCAACUUCAUGAGUCAGAGAAAAUCCAUCUCCAUCCAUAGUUGUAUCUUGCAAACCUACAUUUUCUUCUCAGCAGGUUCCAGUGAGUUCUUCCUUUUGGCUGUCAUGUCAUUUGACCGCUAUCUUGCCAUUUGCAACCCACUGAGAUAUGCAGCCAUCAUGACCAUGCGCCUUUGCCUCCAGCUUAUUGCUGCCUCCUGGAUGUGGGGCUUCUUUGCAGUCCUACCACCUACAAUCCUGAUAGGCCAGCUGCCAUUUUGUGGACCCAAUGUCAUUAAACAUUUUUUUUGUGAUGUUGACCCCUUACUCAAGCUGGCCUGCUUUGAUGUAAAGAAGAUUGAGAUUAUUAAUUUUGUAAGUGCAGCUUUGCUGCUUCUGGGCUCAUUACUGGUGACAAGUUUGUCCUAUAUCUUCAUCAUUGGAACAGUGCUUAGGAUCCCUGCAGCCAAAGGACGACAGAAAGCAUUCUCUACGUGUACUUCUCAUCUAUUUGUGGUGACACUCUACUAUGGGAGUUGCAUUUUCAUGUAUGUUCAGCCACAAAAAAAUCACUCUUUAGACCUGAACAAGGUAGUCAGCAUACUGAACAUAGUGGUAACUCCAUUGCUGAACCCUUUCAUUUAUAGUCUGAGAAACAAGAAAGUCAAGGAGGCCCUGAAACAUCUUGCCAGGAGAAAGACUUCCCCCUUAAUUAAGCUCAGAUUUCUGAAACAGGAAAAUGGACCUAUGCACUGUGUAGUAUUAAAUAAUGGAAGUUGA